UCAAGAUCAUAUGUGCGGUUUAUAUUUCGGAUUAUGAAAUAAAUUUAUUACUAUAAAAUAUACAAGUUUUAUCCGAAAUAAAUAUGGCUAUAUCGUUUUUUCGCACUAGUGUAAUAACGCGACAUGUGAAAAGACAGUUGUACCAGAGCAAACGUAAUUCUGGAUACGUAGUUUUGAUCCCAGAAAUAGGCGAAGAUGGAGACGCCAAUUUACUCCUAUCAGACAAUGGUUUGCCAGAAUUCAAUGAUCUUACAAUUGAAAAAUGCAUUGCUGCUAUUAGCAAACAAAGCUUGGAGUAUGAAAAUGGGGUGAGGCAAGUUGAACAGUCGGCUGCAAAAUGCAAAAAUGCAUUUAAUGAAGUCUUUCAGCCCUUAGAGAAACUUGACACCCAAUUAGAAUUAACAUGGGGCAUGGCAAAAACAUUGUACCUUGGCAACAGCUCACUGAUGCCAACCAAAAAUUACAUACAAAUUCACGAAAGAGCUCACAAGGCCCGAUCAGCUAAAUUUAACAGCAUCCCUAUCUUCCAAGCUGCUGUAGAUGAAAAGAAUCGCCUGAAAAAACUCACCGAUGAAGAGCAGAGGCUUUUAGACAAAUAUAUUCUGGAAGGCAAGUUAAACGGCCUGGAUGUUAAAGGAAUUAAAAAAGAGAGACUGGGUCUCACUUUAGCCAAAUUGCAAAAAGAAAGGCAAGUCUUCCGUGAAAAGGUAAAUGUUGCAACUAAAGUUUUCAGCAGCACAAUAGAUAAUAGCAGAUUUAUGGAAGAAUUCCCAGAGAGCCUAGCAAAGGCCAUGUCUGUAAACAAUGAUGCCACCAAGGGCCCCUGGAAGGUCACCUUACAGCCUCAUAUAUAUGAACCAUUCUUAGAAUAUUGUCCAGAUAGAAAUCUACGCUGGAAUGUCUGGCAAGCAUACAUGCAGAGAUGUUCAGGAUAUGGCAACAAAGACUUUGAAACAAGCACACAUUUGGAAAAGAUUCGCACAUUGAGACAGGACCAAGCUAAAGCUCUAGGUUUUGACACAUUUGUUGAUAUGAGCAUGGAGACAAAAAUGGCAGGGUCGAUGGAGAAUGUAACUAACAUCCUUGAUAGCUUACUUGAAAGUGCCAGACCCAUGCAAGAUGUUGAAAUAGAUGUCCUACAAGAAUUUGCUGCAGAAAGAGGCUUUGAUACAAAACUAGAACACUGGGACGUCCCUUACUGGCAAAGGAAGCAAAAAUGGUCAUUGUACAAUUUUGACGAAAACAAAAUUCGUGAAUACUUCCCCCUGCCCAAGGUAAUAAACAGUCUUUUCAACUUGUGUAGUUCUCUAUUUAAAGUACAAAUAGUUGAAAGAAGUAAUGUUCAUACAUGGCACAAAGAUGUGAAGUUUUAUGACGUAUUUGACGACUCGAGUAACAGACCAUUGGCUGGAUUCUACCUGGACCCUUACGCGCGACAAGACGAGAAGAUACGGGUGUAUGAUGAUGCCGGCUGGCAUAUAUCAAUUAGAAACAAAUGCACUUCAACAGCAGUUCAGCCCUUGUCUGCAUUAAUCUUCAACUUCCAACCUCCAGUUGAUGGAGUCAACUCUUUGCUGACAUUCACUGAAGUCAGAAACCUGUUCAAUAGAUUUGGACAUUCACUCCGCCAUUUGUUAACCAAAGCUAAUUAUUCUGAAGUGGCCGGUCUGUCCAAUGUUGAGUGGGAUGCGGCAGAAGUUUGUGGACAUGUCAUGGUACAUUGGCUCCACGAUCCUCAUACAAUACGGGCAAUCAGUGGCCAUUACAAGACAGAUGAAUCUCUGCCAGAUGAUAUCAUGAACAACUUGAAGAAUGUCAGACAGCACAUGGCUGGCUAUAAUUUAUGCAAAGAACUGUAUCUCUCUCGACUGGAUUUCGAACUGCACUCGAAAAAGACCUUUUGGCGGGACAUAGUGCGCGACAUGUGGCCGAAAUACCACACCCUGCCGUUUUACAAAUUUGAUUCACAUCCAUUGUCAUUUACUAAAAUCUUCUCUGAAGAGUGGGCGGCGGCAUAUUAUUGUCACUUGUGGUCGAAAAUGAUUGCAGCUGACAUCUACAGUGCGUUUGAGGAAGCAAGAGAGGGAGACCAAGACAUUCUAGCUGUUGGCAAGAGGUACAAAGACACCUUUUUAGCUUAUGGAGGAGCGUGCCACCCGAGUGAAGUCUUCAGAAGGUUCCGCGGACGAGAUCCUUCACCCCAGGCCCUGUUGAACAAUCUUGGCCUCUCCAAAAAACUUCUAGAAGAAUAAAACAACAUUGGUUUAAUUAUUAGAAAUGUAUUAUAAUUUUAUUCCUAUUACGAUUAUAAAUGUUUCUGUUACACAA